CACUUUUCUGGAUAAUCAGUUACACCGAUAAUGGCGAUCACAGAAGGGCCCACCAAAACCGAUUCGCGGUUGAUUUUCACAUACGGAACCCUAAAGCGCGGAUUCCCUAACCAUCGUCUGAUGGAAAAUCUGAUCAGCGCCGGCAACGUCGUCUUCAUCGGCAAGUACACGACGGUGGAGACCUUCCCGCUCGCCUGCGGGCCGUACGGGAUCCCAUUCCUGAUCAACAUCCGCGGAUCGGGUCAUCGGGUCCGGGGCGAGCUCUACAAGGUCAAUAGCAGCGGGUUAGGACCGCUGGAUGAUUUGGAAGGGAUAGAGAUAGGUCACUACGAGAGGCUUGCGGUGAACGUCGCCUGUGACAGCGGUGAGACGGUGGCGGCGGAGGCGUACUUCGCACACAGGAGCUUUGGGGAAGGGUUGUGGAAGAGGUGUGGAGAAGUAGGGAUUGAGGAGUUUACUAUGGAAUUAUCGAAGAAAUAUGAGAGGAAAGAGAAGAGGCCUCCCAAUCAUGAUUUUCUUCAAGAUCUUAGAAAUUUCAUCUCUAAUGGGGAUUGAGAUUGUGAAAAAAAGAAAAUUAAAGCAAAGUUACAUCAUUGUUAUUGUUGCUAUUAUUUCUAUUGCAAAUGUAUUAAAUAAUUACUUUUUGACUA